CUCAUGUAUCAUCAUUAUCAUCCCAUGGACUGACUUGUUUGUUGUCGAGCAAGAUGGAGUUCCUUUUGGGAAAUCCUUACAGUACCCCAGUGGGGCAUUGCAUUGAGAGAGCCACUGAUGGCUCCUUGCAAAGUGAAGACUGGACCCUCAACAUGGAAAUAUGUGACAUCAUCAAUGAAACAGAAGAUGGGCCAAAGGAUGCCAUUAGAGCAGUCAAGAAGAGACUCAAUGGCAACAGAAACUAUAGGGAAGUGAUGCUGGCUUUAACGGUUCUGGAGACGUGUGUGAAGAACUGCGGCCAUCGUUUUCAUGCUUUAGUGACAAGCAGGGACUUUGUGGACGGUGUGCUUGUUAAAAUCAUCUCUCCUAAAAACAACCCGCCCACCAUCGUUCAAGAUAAAGUGCUCGCCCUGAUUCAGGCAUGGGCUGAUGCGUUCAGGAGCAGUCCUGACCUCACAGGUGUGGUUCAAAUCUAUGAGGAGUUAAAGAGGAAAGGCAUAGAGUUCCCCAUGUCAGAGCUGGAGACCCUGUCACCUAUACACACACCUCAGCGGUCGGCAUCUGCUCCAGAGGGAGAAGCCAUCCUACAUAAGUACAGCGCCACCACUCAGCCCGCACCACACGCUGUCCCACCAGCCUACACCACCCCUCAGGUCCCCAAUAUUCAUGCCUCUGGAUCCAUCAAUCCUACACCUGAACAGAUUUGCCGGCUACGCAGUGAGUUGGACAUUGUCCGUGGGAACACCAAGGUGAUGUCAGAGAUGUUGACUGAGAUGGUGCCUGGACAGGAAGACGCUUCAGACUAUGAGUUACUACAGGAGCUGAACAGGACUUGUAGAGCCAUGCAGCAGAGGAUAGUUGAGCUCAUCUCCUGCGUUUCUAAUGAGGCAGUGACUGAGGAGCUCCUGCAUGUCAAUGACGACCUCAACAACAUUUUCCUUCGCUACGAAAGGUAUGAGAGGUUUAGGUCUGGGAGGUCCUCGGCUCAGAGUGUCAACAACGGGGUCCUCAGCGAGGCCACAGAGGACAACCUCAUAGACCUCGGCCCCGGUUCCCCGGCGGUGGUCAGUAAUAUGCCGAACGCAGCCCCAAGCAGCUUGCCCUCCGCCAUCACAGCCCCUGCUGGAAGACCCUCCUCCCCGGCCACCUUGGCUUCCCGCCUGGCUGGUCUGGACAUGGGUACAGACAGUGUGAGCAGCACUCUGAGCUCUCUCUCCAGCUGUAAGCCUCCACCUGCCCAGGACGACUUUGAUGUGUUUGCUCAGACCAGGACUGGAGCCGCACCUGAACCAAACAAGACUACUACAGCAGAAGAUAGCCACGCCGCUGGUGGCGCUCCUCCCACUCUGGAUGUCGUACAGCCAACUGCUGGAGCGGGUGUCGGACGCCAGUCCUCUGUCAUGGAUGACAUAGAGGAGUGGCUGUGUACUGAUGUGAAAGGGGAUGAAGGCGAGGAAGGCGUCACAAGUGAAGAAUUUGAUAAGUUCCUGGAGGAGAGAGCCAAAGCUGCUGAGAUGGCCCCCGGCCUACCGUCGCCCCCGAGUGGCAACCCGGGAGCGGCGCAGGGAACCCCAAGUCGCAAGAAGCCAGACAGACCGGAGGACGCUUUGUUCGCCAUGUAGACCUCCCACCUGUUGAUCUCUGAUCCCCAGCCUUAGACCCGACCAGCUGAGCAGCAUCACCCGAGGACAGACUGACCUGACACUGAGACACGCCCGCCUCCGCUCCGACCGAUCACAACACUAUCGAGUCACACUACAAGAGUUUUGCACACGCUCUCCUUAUAAAAAGAGAAUUACUAAUGCUCUCUGUUAAUUUCUCACCAGUAAGGGAAAAAAAAAAGGCCUAUUUUGCUACGCCACCAGACGAUGGAUGUCACCAGUGUCAGAGCCGACGAGGCAGCCUGCUUUUUCCUUCUUAUGUGUAAAGAAUCUCCUUCAGCCUGUUGUGGACUGCAGAGCUUCAUGUUGCAGCUAAUCCUGAUAAAACAGCAUAGAGUUUUAUAAAGAAAAACGUCAUUAGUAGGAAAUCCAUUUCCUAAUUAAUCCUUCAAAUUAACAACACCAGACUUUUACUAUUUUACCCCUACAGAAGCUUUAUGGCUGUUAUUGCAGAGUAUGUCCAUCAUAGGCCGAAGCACUGAUCAUGCCUACAAGGGUCUUGUUUUGGUGUUCGUAUCAGUCCCUUUGCAAGUCCGUCUGAGUUGAAUUGUAAAUCUGUAAAUGACAAAUGUCAAGUUUAUUAGUUGUAUGUAUAUUUAAGCUACAUAUGUAUGAAAGAGAUGGUAAUUUAAUGUAGAUUUUUGAAGAGAAAAAAAAAAAAAAGGGUUUAUGUUCCACUUGCUUUGACAAUAGGGAUGUACCUCAGCUUUUUCAAGAAAAGGGAAUAAUAUACAGUACAUGCGAUGAUACUAGCUUAAAAAAAUGAUGUCGAAGAAGGGAAUUUAGCUUUUGUGAUUGGCCUCAUUGCACAUCGUACCAACAAAUGUGUUCGCAUACCUUCCUCUAAAUCUUGCCUUUCUUUGAAAAGCUCCGAUGAUUUGCUGGUCACAACAGAUUUGAGAUUAUUUUUGCUGAGAUUUAUUAGCCCGACGCUGCUAUAGUUGGUUUUUUACAGUUUUUCCUCAGUCGCUUUGGUUCGUUUCUCGAAUCGUUUUGAGAAUUCUGAUCUGAGAAAUGCACCAAAGCGACUGAGGAAAACUGUAACUCCAUCUGCUGAACAAUACUGUUGAAUUAUUCCUCGUUUAUGUAUUCAUCUUUAUGCUGAACACUGAUUCUUAGCUGAAGAGACACAUGCUGUUAUUGGGGGAGUUUUUAACUCGGUGACUGUAGGUUUUAACUCCUUUUUGAGUGCUGUUUGUCCUAAAAAUGAGACUUAGAGGACCAAAUUUGUGUUAUUUUCCUUCUGAAUAUGGAAGGAAAAGUCUGGAUAAUUUGGUUGUUAAUACAUUUUUUUGACUCUAAAUUCUUUUUUUUUUUGUUUUUGUUUAGGGAUGUAAUGAGAAUUCACACUACAGGAUGGUUACUUUGGUGCAUUUCUCCUUUAUUUCUUUACGCUGACAUCUUAAAAGGCCUGACCUUUCAGCCUGACAUUUGUUUUCAGAAAUGAGCUCGCUGCAGACGUAGUGCUAUAAAUGAGACAUUUUACUCUUGACAAUAAUAGAUUCAACACGUUACGCAAUCACAACAAGCUUCAAACAAGAGCGCACUUUGACGGUCGCAUUACCUUUCAACAUGUACUGUACAUCAGUUAGCCGGGUGUAAUUAAUGAGAACCGUUUGAGGCGUAGAGAUAAUUUAUUCCACACGAUUAUUAUUAUUAUUAUUAUUAUUAUUACUUUCUUCAGAUCAGUAUUUUAAAUCGCUUUAUUGUGCAGGAUUAAAAUGGGAAUGAAAUCUGUUUAGGGACAGAAUGAGAAAUCGUCAUAAUGGUGUGUGUUUUAGUGUUUUUGGCUUUUGUUUAUGGAGUUCAGAGAUUCCUUUUUCUACAUUGCUGCUGGCUAAUGUAUCUUCUUUGUCAUGGUUCUGUUUAGUGGUUAUGUGGGUCUUCUUGUUGGUUCAUACAGUGAACAUAUGGACAUUUCUGAAGGCAGUUCUUCACUCAUCCGUAGCUGUACAACAAUCGCACCAAUUUUCUCAUUUAUCUCAUGAAGGAUGCAUAUUUUUACUCUCUCACUCUGAAUCUUACGAACUGACAAGCACAUGGAGAAAAAAAAAAAAAGCAGACAUGUAGAUCUUGGAGUCUGACACCUUCGACGAAGCAUCAACGUUGCACAUUUCGAAAGGGAAGCUUCCUCUCUCCUUCUGUUUCCUUGUUUUAGUGUUAAACGUGUGUGUUCGUCAGCCGUUCUGUAACGCAGAAACGUUCGGUUCAUUCGGAGAAAAAAAAAAACAAAACAAACCGAGAAGCCUCCAAAUGUGUGUUUUUAAAGAAUACAUGUUACUAUCCUGUUUGGUACCGCCCAGGAUCAGCCUGGUUUAUUUCAGUGUGAGCUCUGUCAGUGGUUUGUAACUGAAUCUCAGCAUACCCAUAACUUCGCCAUCUCAGACCUGUUUUGCAGAAGAACAACGCGUUUCUUUGUGCGUCACUGGAUAAUAUGAAAAGAGAUGCUGAUAAGGGAGGCUGUGCUGUGUGACUGCUAACUUUCCUGAGUUGCCUCAUCUCUCGUUUCUCUUUGUGUUGUUUGACUUAUGCAUGAACUCUAAUAAAACAUUAGCAGUGUGUGA